CGUGAUCCUUAACAACAAGGAAGAAGCCGUUUGAACCGAAGAACAUACAGCGUUUUUUUUUUUACAACGUUUAUAAUCAGUGAUUAUUAUGAUUAACGUUCUUUAUUCUUCUUUUAAGUGUUCCUUGUCUUGAAUGCAGUAUUACGUGUUAAUAGAUCAUUUGGUUGUUAGUAAAUGUUCGGAACCUGACUAGAUACUUUUAUCUGGCAAUAAUUCCCACAGAAGCCACAACAAUGAGCGCGUUUAGAAAAAGAGGAAGCGUUCUUGUUGUCCUUUGUUACGUCGGGAGUUUUCACGUCCUUUUCGGAUACAAUGUAUCCAGAGAAGAGCAGCACGAUCUCAGCCUGAACAGGAAAUGGACCAUACAGAACUCAAAUGGGUCUCUGUCGCUUCCUGCAGAGGUACCGGGGUGUGUACACUCUGCUCUCCUGAAACAGGGCUUUAUCAAGGAUCUCUACUUCAGGUUCAAUGAUGUAGCAUACAGGUGGAUCGCUCUUGACAACUGGACAUACACGACUACAUUUUCUGCCUCAACAGAGCUAAGGGCUAAACAAAGAGUCCAGCUGGUUUUUGAAGGAGUGGACACUGUAGCGUCCAUCUCUCUGAAUGGAGUUGUUGUGGGAAAGACAGACAACAUGUUCCGCAGAUAUGACUUUAGCGUAGACCAGUUGUUGAGGGAAGGGGAGAACGUUGUGAAGGUGAGCCUCCUCUCCCCUGUCGUGUACGCCUCAGAGAGGAGUCAGGCUCACUCCUCCUACAGCGUGCCCCCUGACUGUCCUCCACCCGUCCAGAAGGGAGAAUGUCACGUCAACUUUAUCAGAAAGGCUCAGAGUUCCUUCAGCUGGGACUGGGGACCGUCAUUCCCAACCCUGGGGCUGUGGAAGGGUGUUCAUCUGGAGGCCUUUGAUGUGCUGCGCCUAAUCCAUCUCUCUACUGUACCAGUCUAUAACUCCUCUCUGUCUCAGUGGGUGGUAAAGGUGGAAGUGUUGGUUGAUGCUGUGGAGGAGACUAAAGUCCAGGUCAACCUCUCUCUGAUGGAGCUGUCUACAGAACAAACCUUCAUGGUGGUGUUUCCAUCUGGGCAGAGCAAGAACACCUUGAGCCUCCAUGUCAACACAAGUAACCAGGUGAAGCUGUGGUGGCCCAGUGGCCAUGGUGAGCAGCACUCCUAUCAUCUCAGUGUGAGAGGAACCAUGCUGGAGGGAACUGCCAUACUCAGGACAGACACACAGGUGUAUUUCCGUACAGUAGAGCUGGUCCAGGAGCCAAUCGCUGGUUCCCCUGGGCUGAGUUUCUACUUCCGGGUCAACAAGAAGCCCAUCUUCCUGAAGGGGUCAAACUGGAUCCCAGCUCACGCCCUUCAGGACCUGGUCAGCCCUGCUGAUGUGAGGAACCUUCUACAGUCGUCCGUAAGCGCUAAUAUGAACACUCUCAGGGUCUGGGGGGGAGGAGUCUAUGAGCAGGACAUGUUCUACUCUCUCUGUGAUGAGAUGGGGAUCAUGAUCUGGCAGGACUUCAUGUUUGCCUGUGCCAUGUACCCCACUGAGCCUGACUUCAUAGAGACGGUUAGAGAGGAGGUUGUCCAACAGGUGAGGCGCUUAAAGUCCCACCCCUCGGUCAUCGUGUGGAGUGGGAACAACGAGAAUGAGGCGGCCCUGGCCACUAACUGGUUCGGCAUCCCCGUUGCCCAGCAACCCCGGUACCAUAGAGACUAUGUGACUCUGUAUGUGGACAACAUCAGGGCUAUUGUUCAGAAGGAAGACGGUAGCCGCCCGUUCCUAGUCUCCAGUCCCACUAACGGAGUAGAGUCUCAGCAGGAGGGCUGGGUGGCCCACGACCCCUACGACCUACACUAUGGAGACACACACUACUAUAGCUACAGCCAUGACUGCUGGGACUGGACGGCCCUGCCACGCACACGCUUCGCCUCCGAGUACGGCUUCCAGUCCUGGCCCUCCUUCUCCACCUUGCAGAAGGUGUCUGUGUCAGAAGACUGGAGUUAUGCGAGUAACUUCUCGUCUCACCGUCAGCACCACCAGACUGGCAACCAGCAGAUGCUGCAACAGGCUGGACUACACUACCAUCUCCCAGCCUCAGCAGAUCCACUGAAGAGAUACAGGGACACACUGUACAUCACACAGGUCAUGCAGGCCCAGUGUGUUAAGGUCCAGACAGAGUUCUACCGCCGCAGCCAGAGUGAGGUCAUCGAGGGCAAAGGUCACACCAUGGGAGCUCUCUACUGGCAACUCAAUGAUAUCUGGCAGGGCCCUUCCUGGUCCUCUAUAGAGUUUGGUGGGAAGUGGAAGAUGCUCCAUUACUUUGCCAAGGACUUCUUCUCCCCUGUGCUUCCGGUGGGCUUUGAGGACCAGGGUAGUCUGGUGGUCUAUGCUGUGUCUGACCUGAGCCACGACCUUCACCUCAGGACUGUGGUUUCAGUCUAUGAGUGGAGCAGUCUGGAUCCUGUGUGCACUGUGGCUUCCGGAUUGGUGCUUGUGGAAGGAGGAAGUGCUGAGGUCAUCCACAAACAGCCAAUCUCAGCCCUGCUGGCGGGGUGUGGGCGCGGGAGCUGUACCCGCCUCACCUGUCUCCUUACCUUUCACCUUGAGGACGUCAACAGCCAGCAAGGUCCCAUUAACCACCUCUUCCUCAGCUCACCCAAAAAUGCCCAGCGGAUGCUGAGACCAAACAUCACAGCCGAGGUGCAGCAGGACGAGAUGGGCGGAUACACCAUGACCCUGCAGUCCUCUGCCGUAGCAGCUUUCGUAUGGCUGGAUGUGGGGGACGUCCCAGGACGAUUCGGCACCAACGGAUUCCUCAUGGUCACCAGGAACAGAACAGUCACCUUUAACCCCUGGGGUCCCACCAGUACCCAGCAGCUAGCCCAGGCACUGACUGUUACGUCAUUGAGAGAUGUGUACUGACUAUCUUGCGUAUCAAAUGGCAUCCUAUACCCUACAUAGUGCACAACUUUGGACCAGAGCUCUAUGGGUUGUCCACUAUAUAAGGAAUAGGGUGCCAUUUUGGACGUACUUACUGAACCAGUACCCAGGAGUUAACCCAAAACCCUCUCCCUAACCUCUCUGAGAUGAGUACCGUGACCUUCUCCCUAACCUCUCUCUGAGAUCAGUAUACAUCCUGAAGUUAGGCUAAUUACUGAGGAUACCGCCAGACGUCAGGCUAAUUACUGAGGAUACCUCCAGACGUCAGGCUAAUUACUGAGGAUACCUCCAGAAGUCAGGCUAAUUACUGAGGAUACCAACUAACUACAUGGGAGUAACGGGAGUACCUUACAUCUGUACCCUACACGGAGGUGUGGUCACAUUUAGCCACGCUUCGCCUGCAACUCAAUCAAUUUUACAAAAAGCACAUUUUCUGGUGCACCUAAAUUUCAUGUGGUGCUCCUAAUUGUUUAAAGUAGGGAGUGAUUAAUAAAUGAUUACUAAAAAAAUAAAUGUAAAGCCCUGACUGAGACCAUCUCCCUAACCUCUCAGAGAUGAGUACUGAGACCCUCUCCCUAACCUCUCUGAGAUGAGUACUGAGACCUUCUCUCUGAGAUGAGUACUGAGACCCUCUCCCUAACCUCUCAGAGAUGAGUACUGAGACCCUCUCCCUAACCUCUCUGAGAUGAGUACUGAGACCUUCUCUCUGAGAUGAGUACUGAGACCCUCUCCCUAACCUCUCUGAGAUGAGUACUGAGACCCUCUCCCUAACCUCUCAGAGAUGAGUACUGAGACCCUCUCCCUAACCUCUCUGAGAUGAGUACUGAGACCUUCUCUCUGAGAUGAGUACUGAGACCCUCUCCCUAACCUCUCUGAGAUGAGUACUGAGACCCUCUCCCUAACCUCUCAGAGAUGAGUACUGAGACCUUCUCUCUGAGAUGAGUACUGAGACCCUCUUCCUAACCUCUCAGAGAUGAGUACUGAGACAUGAGAAACCCCAAAACUCUCUGUCAGUUGGAUUCGACAAUGUUGUGUGUGGGAUUUGUUGUAAAUAAGAUACAAGUGAAGGAAUUUGCAUUAAUAAAGUAAAUGGAGAUA